ACGCCAUUGCCGCGCGCCGGCCCCUCCCCCCGUCUCGGCCACUGCCGCCGCCAUGGAGUCCAACAGGGACGAGGCGGAGCGCUGUAUUGCCAUUGCCGUGGCCGCCAUCAAGGCCACGGGGAGAAACCUGGCUGGAGGGGAAACAGGCUCACCCCACUUGCUCUCUCCAGUCUGCUGUGCUGAGAUUCUAUACAAAAGUCAACAUGGUUUCUUGCUGAUCGAAUCUCUCAACAAGAAUGAACAAUCAGCCAAUGGCCAGUCCAAAUCCAGGGAGUCCACAAAUGCCCACUUUAGGAAAUUGAGUGGAGACUUCCCAUCAGCCAAUGGGGAGGCAGGUGUGGAGACUAGCAAAGGUUACACCCAAGAUCAGGUGGAUGCAGUUAAGAGGGUAAAGCAGUGUAAAGAUUACUAUGAAAUUCUAGGAGUGAACAGAGAGGCCUCUGAUGAUGAUCUGAAAAAAGCUUACCGGAAACUAGCACUGAAGUUCCACCCAGAUAAAAACCAUGCGCCUGGUGCUACAGAAGCAUUUAAAGCCAUUGGUAAUGCAUAUGCAGUAUUGAGCAACCCAGAGAAGCGGAAGCAAUACGACCAGUUUGGAGAUGAGAAAGUCAACCCUUCAAGACAUGGCCACAACCAUGCGGACUUCCACCGUGGAUUUGAAGCAGACAUCUCACCUGAGGAUCUCUUCAACAUGUUCUUUGGUGGUGGAUUUCCUUCUAGUAAUGUUCAUGUAUACAGCAAUGGCAGGAUGCGUUAUACCUACCAUCAGAGGCAUGACAGACGAGAACAUCAGGGUGAUGGUGGCCUUGGGUUGUUUGUCCAGCUGAUGCCUAUUCUCAUCCUGAUCAUUGUUUCAGCUCUCAGCCAGAUGAUGGUCUCCAGCCCACCUUACAGUUUGAGCCACAGGCCGUCUGUGGGUCACAUACACAGGAGAGUGACGGAGCACUUGAAGGUAGCUUAUUAUGUAGCUGAGAACUUUGCAGAAGAAUACACUGGCACAAAUCUGAAAAAUGUUGAGAGGAGUGUGGAAGAUGAUUACAUUGCAAACCUUAGAAAUAACUGCUGGAAGGAAAAGCAACAAAAGGAAGGUUUGCUUUACCGGGCACGAUACUUUGGAGAUUCAGAUCUGUAUCAAAGAGCGCAGAAGAUGGGCACCCCAAGCUGUAGCAGACUGUCAGAAGUUCAAGCCUCCAUGCACGGAUAGUCACUACUAGACCACUCAGCAAAUGUCUAAACUCUUGAAAUGCCUGAAGACUUUUGGCGAAGUGCACUGAGCCAAGGUGACAGACUUUAUAUUUAAAGAAUCAAACCUUAAAUUAAAAUGGAAUUGGAGAAUUAGCAACGCACAACUGCCCUCUCUUCUUACUCUGUCUUCAACGUUAAAUGCAGCAGGCAGCAGUUAGGAAAUAAAGUUGCCUGUCUUCUCUUCUUUUCAACACCACUAGAGUGCAACAAUCUAGUCUCUCCUAGGAUACAGCAACCAUGAGAAGAAGUGUAGAGUACAAAAAACAAACUGCAGCAAGCCAUGAAGCAGGAGACCCUUCCAUGAUUGCACUGGUCACUUCGAAUGGAGAGAGAAAUUGGAAGAUAUUUUUAGGACUAAAAACCAAUUAAUAAGAAAAGAAUCAAUCUAUUUAGAAUUAAUUUAUAGUUGUAUGUAUGUUGUAUUUUUAAACUAUGCAGGGAUUGGAUUAAUUUAUUUAGUUUUCUGCCCAGUUUAGUGAAGUGUGAACUCUGGCCUGUUUUGGAGGGGCCUUGCAGACCUAUCCAAUUUCAGUUUGCCACAUCUGAUGACACUUUGCGCUUUUUUUUUUUUUUUUUU